ACUGGCCAAUUGUGAAAUGAAAUGGAAAACUUGCACAAAGUAUGUAGUUUUACCCUGCACACCGUAAACUGUUGCAUUUACCAUGUAACACACAUGUAUAUGUAACACAUCAUCCAUUCAUCUUCUAACGCAUAACACCAAGCAACAAAGAAGGCAGACGACAAUACAAAAAGCAGUCGACAACACCGCACUAACAAAAGCAGACGACACCAUCGCACUCAUAAAAGCAGAUGACACCAUUGCACUAACAAAAGGAGACGACAGCACCGCACUAACAAAAGCAGACGAUACUACUGCUCACACUGGUAAAGAUGAACGGAUGUACAUACUGUAGAGCAAAAGAGGACAUAUGUCAGAAUAAUGAAAGAAAGACAUUCAGCAAUAAAGGCAGAGAUGGAGACAAAAAAGAUGAGGGAUACGCAUGGAUUAUUGUGAUGUCCUGCUUUCUGUGUCACACCUUGAUAUGUGGAAUAAGCUUCACGGUUGGUGUGACGUUUGUCAUAUUUCUAGAUGCAUUUGGGACUUCUAAGGGUGCCACUGCAUUGGUCGGAUCAUUAAACACAGCCAGUGUGUAUGCAGUUGGUCCUAUAAGCAGUGUGCUGACCAACAGAUUUGGCUGUAGACCAGUGGUAUUAAUGGGGGGCAUAAUGUCCUUUAUUGGUCUCGGCACAAGCGCAUUUGCCACGAACAUUUACCAUUUGUACAUUACAUUCGGUAUCAUAACAGGUAGGAGUUUUUCGUAAUG